AGAGAACAUCAAUAGAUGGCUCCGAAAAGGAAUAGAACGCGAGUCUCCGGAAAGCAUCAUCAUAUAGACAUAUAGAUGUUUAGGAGAAAGUCUUUCUCAUCUUUAGGAGAAGUUUUCCCUCAGUAGCUAUUGAGAAGAAAUCCGACACAAACCGCCAGUGUGUUUUAUUUGACCACUGAGAGACCGAGAGAUCGGGCGAUGGCUACAAAGAGGAAUAACAACACAUCAUCACCACCACCAUCUUACCAGGUCUUCCUGAGCUUCAGAGGACCCGACACCCGCCAGGGAUUCACGGAUGUCCUUUACCAUGCUCUUGUAGAUGCUGGGAUUUGUGUAUUUAGAGACAACGAGGAGAUCCGUGAAGGCGAGAAUAUCGGCGAGGAAAUCCUGCGAGCCAUUGAGGACUCCAGGAUCUUUGUGCCCAUCUUCUCCAGGACCUAUGCUUUCAGUAAGUGGUGCCUCAUUGAGCUCGCAAAAAUGGUGGAGUCCAAGGAGAAAUCGGGCGGCAGUAAAAGGAUCCUGCCCAUUUUCUAUGAUGUGAGUGUCGAUGAUGUCAAGCUUAAGACGGAGUUGUACACUGGAGCUCUAUCAAUACACAGGGAGAAGUUCAGUCCCAGCACAGUGCAGCAGUGGGAGGAGGCUCUUCGAGACGCCGGAAAAAUCAAGGGAUGGGAACUGAAGGAUAAAGGUUAUGCAGAAUUUUCCAAGGAAUUUGUCAGGAAGGUUUCAGCGGAGUUGAAAGUGAAACAAAAAUAUGUGACUGAGAACCUUGUUGAGAGGAUUGAUCAGCAACAUGCUCUCACAGAGUUGCUGGACGUAGACUCCUCUCAUGAUGUUCAGUUAGUCUGGAUACAUGGAAUGGGGGGUAUCGGCAAGACGACACUUGCCAUGGCUGUUUUCAACCAACUCUGCGAUCACUUUGAAGGCUGCAGCUUCCUUCUAGAUGUGCAAGAAACAACCAAGCGCAAGGGUAUUGAACACUUGCAGAGGCAACUCUUGCAAGAUCUUGGUGUUAAAGCGGCAGACAUCACCAUCACUGACGAGAACGAUGGGAUCAAGAUAAUCAGCAAAAAGUUGCAGAACAGAAGAGUUCUAGUUGUUCUGGAUGAUGUGCCCGACCACCAAGAAUAUACUGGAAAACUAGCAAGAGAGGCUAGUUGGUUUAAAGUCGGAAGCAGGAUUAUUAUUACCUCUCGGCGUAAAAUGGUUCCUCCAUUUAAAGGUGGAACAGUCAAGACAUUCGAAGCAGAGCCAAUGGAAUUCAAAGAAUCUCUCCUUUUCAGUAGGCAUGCCUUUGGGAAGGAGACUCCGCGGGAUGACUCCCUUGACCUUUCAAAGGAAGCCAUUAGAAUUACCGGAGGACUUCCCUUGGCUCUUGAAGUAAUAGGUUCAAAACUUCGAACAAGUGAUCGUGGCCAGUGGAAUCAUAUAAUGGGUACCUUACAGAAAAUACCCGACAGGAAGGUCCAGGACAGCCUUAAGAUAUGUUAUGAUGCUUUACGCUGGGAAGUGAAGAAUAUAUUCCUUGAUAUCGCAUGUUUUUUCAUUAAUGAAAAAAAAACAAAAGCCAUGUACAUGUGGCAAGCCUGUGACUUUGAACCAGAGUUGGCAGUGCAAGAGCUUGUCGAUGCGUCCCUAGUAAGGCUCACAGAUGAGAACAGGUUCUGGAUGCAUGAUCAGCUGCGGGACCUUGGAAGAAAACUCGUUCGUGAUGAGAGGCACCACGGAAAGCCUUGCAGUAGAAUAUGGUUGCAUGAGGAUGCUCUGAAAGUGCUGCGGGAUGAAGAGGGCAAAGAAAAUGUUGAGAUGCUUAGUCUUUCGUCCGAAGGACUCUCGGAGUAUUGCGUCCUUACAAAACAUCAAUUGAAGAAUUUCAAUAGUCUAAAAUUUCUCAGUUUAUGUAGAUCGAAUUUUUCGGGAGAUCUAGAGCUUGUCCUCCCCAAGUUGAUAUGGCUUUCUUGGCAUUCUUGUCCUGGCGUGUUUCAGAGAACUAAUCUGCAUUUGAAGAAUCUAGUCGUGCUUGACCUCUCAGAAAGUUCCGUAAGCGGAACUUGGACUGGAUGGCGCCAUAUCAGGAUGUGCAACGAGUUGAAAAUUCUAGAUCUCCAGAGGUGCGACCACUUGACCAAAACGCCCGACCUAUCAAUGUGCACAAAGUUGGAGAGACUAAUACUCAAAGAUUGCAUUAACCUAAUCAAAAUAGACCGUUCCGUAGGAAAGUUGAAAUGCCUAAAGUAUCUGAAUGCCAGUGGCUGUCGUUAUCUCAGAGAAAUUCCGAGGGAAGUAUGCUGUUUGGAUGGCCUCGUUGAUAUUGUCAUGAUAAUGGAAGGCGGCUUCAAGGACAGCCACAAGCUUCCAGACUCCAUCGGGAGACUCUCGAGACUUCAGUGCCUGUGCGUGAGUUUGAGAAGCAGCUUCAAGGACGGCCAGAAGCUUCCGGACUCCAUCGGGAGACUCGAGAGACUUCAGAGCCUGCGUGUGAGUUUGGGAAGGAGCACACCUCCAAGCUCACUUGGAGAUCUAAAAUCACUGACUAUGCUGGUCCUGUCAUGGUCAAAGAUCGCUGAGAUACCUGAGUCCAUUGGAGGACUGGUGAAACUUGAGCUUCUGUCAUUAUUCUACUGUAGAGAAGUAAAGAAGCUCCCAGCUUCGAUUGGGAAUCUGAAUUCGCUGGUUGAGUUGAAUAUUUCAAUGUCAGGAAUCACUCAACUGCCCGAUGCUGCUGUGAAUUUGCAGAAACUGAGAGUGAUUGAUAUGAGAGGUUGUUCUAUUAGGCGGUGGCCAGGUUUCCUGGGGAAUUUGAAGAAGCUGGAAAGGUUGGAUAUCUACGAUUGCAAGUAUUUGCGAGUUAUCCCAUCAGCAAUUAGGAGGAUCACUUCCUCGCUAAAAGUCUCACUCUCAGCCUGGGACAAGAGUUGUGACCGUUAUUGGAAACAGCUGGAAGUGGAAGUGGAAGAGGAAGAGGAAGGGGGAAAUCCUUUUGCUAUUUCACGUAAUGCACCGGUGGACAGGUUACGAAGAUGGAGGCAAGCUCAACCAGUUUUAGAAGCCUCUCGUCGAUUCAGAUACACCCUGGACUUGAAGAAAGAGGAAGAGAAUCAACAGACUUUGAGGAAGACUAGGGCCCAUGCUCAGGCCAUUCGGGCUGCAUAUCUUUUCAAAAUGUCAAAGGACUAACUAAUGGUACUACUCUACUCCCAUAUCUUUGAGUUUGUGCUCAAUCAUGAAAUGAAUGGUGUAUAUAUAUAUAUAUAUAUAUGUAUGUAUACACACACACUUGAUAGGUUAACUGAAUGAUAUUAGCUAUCCUUUUCAGGUAGUUUAUUUAAUUUAAUUGCAGUCAUUAGUAACUCAGCGACACAAGGAUUAUGUUUUUUCUAUAAUUUGCAAAAGUUGUUGUUUUUCUUUCUGCUAGAAUGAAAUGUUUCUUAGUCUAGGAUGUUGAGGUCUUAAUCUAACAAACGUGUUUGUUAAGUGUAGUUGCUAAUCUGUUCUCGUUCUAUGUC